GUCGAUACAUAAUAGUGAGAUAUAAUGCGUAAGCUACCUGCAGGCUGGGAAAUAUCAAACCAAUAUUGAAGGGGCAGUGCGGCCCAGAAGUAUUGAUUAAGAACCAAUAAUAUUAAGAAUAUAUGAAAUUAAUCGACUACACUUUUUUUUGCGAAUGUCAAUACCCUUUUAAAGUAACAUUUCAAUUUUCAUUUAGAACCAAUAGUCAGUUUCGAAAACGUUACUUAACCGAAUUGAUAUAUCGGUAUACCGUAUAGAUCUAAUCAAAGUAAUAUAUUAUUCUCGUUGAUACAUGAACAUUUUGAGUUCGCUAUUGCUCCUGAUUGUUCGACUUGUAUUAUUCGUGUUAAACAAAGAUGCUGCGACCGAGUUGCACAAAUGGAAUAUGGAAAGGUCCUGAGAUCCAUCCACCAUCAGAAGAUUAUUUCAAUUUAGGAGAAAAGAUAUUUCAACAGUUCAAAAAGUUCCCUGAAAUUAUUGGCCAAAUAGAUGCAGAGACGGGAGAGAAAGAUACUUUUGCCGAAAUCGGAGAGAGAGCUGUACGAUGCGCACUGUGGCUCCAAAAACAAGGUAUCAAAAAAGGUGACAUGGUUGGCUUCUGUUCAGGAAAUCAUUUGGACAGCGUGAUUCCAAUGAUAGCUUCUUUCUACAUUGGAUCAAUUUUUAAUCCUUGGUGGGACAGCUGUCUAGAUGAAGAUAUUUCUAGAUAUUUUAUUGACUUAACCGAACCCAAGGUAUUAUUUGUUCAUGAAAAACUGGCUGAUCCAGUACUGGAGGCCAUUAAAAAUGGGAAAAAUAACAUAAAAGUAAUUAUUUUCGGUCAAAGGCCAGGGUAUGAAUCUUUUAGAGACAUUCUAAAGACCGUAACAACUGAAGAAAUCGAUCAAUUUCGAUGUGUAAAAAUUGAUAAACCUACAGAACCAAUUAUGAUCCUCUACACAUCAGGAACAACGAGUUAUCCCAAGGGAGUCUUGCAUACUUAUGGUUCUCUUACACAUAUGAAACAUUUUGAGACAGCUCCAACAGUUUUUAAUACAGUCAAUUUGGUGUUUUUCGGUAUAUAUUGGGUAUCAGGUGUACUAUGUACACUACAUCAAAUAUUUACGAGAUCAACUAUGGUGAUCUGCAAUAAAAUACCUGUUGAUGAAGCUUGUAAACUUAUUGAAAAAUAUAAGAUUUCCUGGAUAUCUAUGGGAACAAUAAUAGCUAAUCGAUUCAGUAAAUCUGAAGCCGCUUUAAAAUACGAUUUAUCAUCGGUAAUCCGAGCAAGCUAUGGUGGUGCAGCUGCCAAAAAAGAAGUCAUUGAAUUUUUACUCACUACAUUUAAAAAUGAUUGGGUUUCUUCUAUAUACGCAUGCACUGAAACUGGAGUCAUACUAACUGGAAAAGUAAAUCCCGAGAAAGCAGCAUCUUGCGGAACUGUUAUCCACAAUGCGGAAGUUAAAUUAAUUCAACCAGAAACUGGAGAAAUAGUUGGACCCAAUACGGAAGGCGAAAUUUGCUUCAGAGGACCAUCAUUAAUGACUUGCUAUUGGAAGAAUCCAACAGCUACAAAAGAAGCUAUCGACUCUGAAGGCUGGUAUCAUACUGGAGAUUUAGGAUAUUAUGAUGAAGACGGAGAUUUUUAUAUUGUUGAGAGAAUAAAGGAGUUGAUAAAAUGUCGAGGUGUUCAUGUUCCUCCACCUGCAAUCGAGUCUGUUAUACAAGAUCAUCCAGGCGUAUUUGAAGUUGCAGUGGUAGCUAAACCGAAUCUCGAAGAUUUGGAACAUCCAAUGGCUUUCAUUACUAAAUUACCAGGCGCAGAAGUAACAGAGAAUGAAAUUCAUGAGUUAGUCAACAGUAAACUCCAUGAUCGUAUGAAACUUCGUGGAGGUAUUUGUUUUCUCGAUAAAAUGCCUUAUACUGCUUCAGGAAAAAUAUCAAAAAAAGAACUUCGAGCGAUGGCCAAAAAGCUCGCUGAUAAUAUGCUGCGACCGAGUUGCACAAACGGAAUAUGGAAAGGACCUGAGAUCCAUCCACCAUCAGAAGAUUAUUUCAAUUUAGGAGAAAAGAUAUUCCAACAGUUCAAAAAGUUCCCUGAAAUUAUUGGCCAAGUAAAUACAGUGAUUCAUUCUAAAACUAUGAAUUAUUAUUCAUUACAAUCAAAAAUAACUCAGAAGUAUCUAUGCCAUAAUCAGAUAGAUGCAGAGACGGGAGAGAAAGAUACUUUUGCCGAAAUCGGAGAGAGAGCUGUACGAUGUGCACUGUGGCUCCAAAAACAAGGUAUCAAAAAAGGUGACAUGGUUGGCUUCUGUUCAGGAAAUCAUUUGGACAGCGUGGUUCCAAUGAUAGCUUCUUUCUACAUUGGAUCAAUUUUCAAUCCCUGGUGGGACAGCUGUCUAGAUGAAGAUAUUUCUAGAUAUUUUAUUGACUUGACCGAACCCAAGGUAUUAUUUGUUUAUGAAAAACUGGCUGAUCCAGUACUGGAGGCCAUUAAAAAUGGGAAAAAUAACGUAAAAGUAAUUAUUUUCGGUCAAAGGCCGGGGUAUGAAUCCUUCAGAGACAUUUUGAAAACUAUAACAACUGAAGAAGUUGAUCAAUUUCGAUGUGUAAGAAUUGAUAAACCCACAGAACCAAUUUUGAUCCUUUACACAUCAGGGACAACGGGUUACCCUAAAGGAGUUCUCCAUACUUAUGGUUCUCUAUCGUAUAUGGAAGUUUUGAAAUCAUCUCCAACACUGUUCAAUGCAGGCAAAUUAGAUUUGUCUGGUUUACAUUGGAUAUCAGGCAUUUUAGGUACACUACAUCAAAUAUUUACUACAUCGACGAACAUUAUCUGCAAUAAAAUUAGUCCUGAAGAAGCAUGUAAACUUAUCAUGAAAUAUAAGAUUUCCUGGAUGUCUAUGGGAACAGCAGCUAAUCGAUUUAGUAAAUUGAAAGCCAUUUCAAAAUAUGAUUUAUCAACAGUUAUUCGAAUGAACUUCAGUGGUUCAGUUGUCAAAAAAGAAGUUGUCGAAUUUUUGAAAACUACUUUUAAGAAUGCUACGAUUUUUUCCGCCUAUGGUGGUACGGAAAAUGCAAUCGCUCUAGGUAGUCCAAUAAAUCUUAAGAAGCCAACGUCUUGUGGAAGGGUUUUCCCUAAUGUAGAGGUGAAAUUAAUCAAGCCAGAAACUGGAGAAAUAGUUGGACCCAAUACUGAAGGUGAAAUUUACGUCAGGGGACCAACAUUAAUGACUGGGUAUUGGAGAAAUCCAACAGCUACAAAAGAAGCUAUCGACUCUGAAGGCUGGUAUCAUACUGGAGAUUUAGGAUAUUAUGAUGAAGACGGAGAUUUCUAUAUUGUUGAAAGAAUGAAGGAAAUGAUUAAAUUCCGAGGUAUUUAUAUUCCUCCACCUGCAAUCGAGUCUGUUAUACAAGGCCAUCCAGGAGUAUUUGAAGUUGCAGUAGUAGCUAAACCAAAUCUCGAAGAUUUGGAACAUCCAAUGGCUUUUAUUACUAAAUUACCAGGAGCAGAAGUCACAGAGAAUGAAAUUCAUGAGCUAGUCAACAGUAAACUCCAUGAUCGUAUGAAACUUCGUGGAGGUAUUCGUUUUCUGGAUAAAAUGCCUUAUACUGCUUCAGGAAAAAUAUCAAAGAGAGAACUUCGAGCGAUGGCAAAAAAACUUGCUGAUAAUGAAAUGUAAAUUAAUCCAUAUGGA